AUGAAGAUCCCAGUUAUAGACAGAGACUCAAAAGAUGGUGAUAUCAAUUAUAAGCCACCCAAUUCCUUUCCAAUCGGACCAAAUUUUGUGAAAUAUGAGCACAACCCGAUCUUAACUCCUAAUCCUGAUAACGAAUUUGAGAACUCAUAUUUGUAUAACGCAACUGCCAUAGUAAUUGAUGAUAGAGUAUUUUUACUUUAUAGAGCACAAAAUCAAGAUAAGGUUUCUUCUGUCGGCAUUGCAUGGUCUAAUGACGGAUAUAAGUUUGUGAGGUGGAACAAACCUAUCAUCAAGCCUACUGAAUCUUAUGAAAAAGGUGGGUGCGAAGAUCCUAGAAUUGUCAGAGAUCCUGUCUCUAAAUUGUUUAUUAUGACCUACACUGCAUACGAUACGAAGAAUGCCAGGUUGUGUAUUGCUACUUCGGAGAAUUUAUUUGACUGGACCAAGUACCCACCAAUUAUUAAUCCAGAUUCAGAUUGGCAUGAUAUUGCCAUCUCGUCAGAUAAUAAGGAAAUAAUUCGAACAGGAUGGCUGAAGUCAGGAGCGAUAUUUGUAGAAAAACAUAAUGAUGGCAAAUACUAUAUGAUUUGGGGGGAUUCGGCCUUCCAUUUAGCAGAAUCAACUGAUUUGAUAAGUUGGAAACUUACCUCCAAGACCUAUGAAAAAAAUAUUUUUGCCAAAGGAGUUUUCAAUUGGCAGGAUAAAUUGAUUGAGCCUGGUGCGGCACCCAUAAAGUUACAAUAUGAACAUUCCACAAAGAAUCAUUAUGUGUUGUUCUACAAUUCAGCUACUAAAGGUAGUGGAGAUUACCCCAAGGGUACUUAUUCUAUAUCCCAGAUGUUGGUCGAUUAUGAUGACUUAUCUGGGCCAUUGGCGAGAUUGGACAAACCGUUCUUGGUUCCUGACUCAGAUAACGAAGUAGAGGGUCAAGUUGAUCAAGUUGUUUUUACUGAAGGAAUUGUCCAAUUUCAUGGCAAAUGGUUUUUAUACUUUGGUCAAGGUGAUUCUGAGCUAGGUGUAGCUACAUGCGAUGCUUAA